AUGAUUAAUAAUUUACUUAAAAGGUCAAAAAUAAAUAAUAUAAUAUAUAAUAAUAAAAGAUAUUUUUGUAAUAGUAAUAAUAAUAAUAAUAAUAAUAAUAAUAAUAAUAAUAAUAAUAUAAAUAAUAAUAAUAAAAACAAUAAUAUAAAUAUAGAUUCCAAUGAUAAUAAAGAUAAUAAAAAUAUAGUUGAAAUUACAAAUGAAAAUGAAACAAUUAAAUAUAAAGUUAUAAUUAAAGAACCAAUAAUACCAAAUCAAACUAUAUUUUCAAAGAGUUCAUUAAAAAGUAUAAAUAAAGAAUUUAAUAAAACCAUUGAAUUAGGUAAAGAUAUUGAUAAUGAGUCAAAAAUCAAAGUGAAAUCACCAAUAAAUCCAUUUGAAUAUAGUAUUGAAACUGUUACGGAUGCAUUAACAUUACCAGAUUUAAAACCAGUUGGAUUAGAUAAUACUUAUGCCACUGGUGUAAUGCACGAGAAUUUAAAACAGUCAAUGCCAUAUUUAAUGAAACUAUCAGAGAAUCCAAAAGAGAUUGAAAAUGCAUUCUCACUAUUUCAAGUAAUGGAAAGAUUUUAUGUACCAAUUGACGAACAAUGCUAUAAAUUAUUAAGAAAACAAAUUGAAUCAGCAAUCAUUGAAAUAGCAGCAUUCAAUGAAGCAAUUAAACAAGAACAAUUAAAACCAGGUUCAAUGCCAGAUGAAAGAUUAUAUAUUCCAACCGUACAAACUUUAAAUACUCUCUUAAAUUAUUACACAGAAACUGAUAAAUUAUCUGAAGCAUUUCGUCUUUUCCUAACAAUGAAAAUGUUAGGUGUUCAACCAAAUCAACAUACUUAUAGAUCAUUAAUUAAUGCUUCAAUUCGUUAUGAAGAUAUUGAUGUUGCAUUAUUAGCAUAUGAAAAUAUGAGAUCUGAUGGUAUUAAAUUAGAAGUUCAAUCAUAUGAAAGAUUAUUUGAAUCAUGUUGUAAUACAGUACAUUAUGAUGGUGCAUCAGAUUUAUAUAGAGAAUUAGUUGAUAAUUUUAAAGUUUCUGCAACCAAUAGAAUGGCAUUAUUAACAACAUUAGGUACAACAAGAUUAAUGGAUUGGCUUGGUGUACCAAAAUCAACUAGAUCUGGUAGAGGUUGGGUAACAAGUUUACAAGUUUCACCAACUCGUUAUAUUUUCCCACCAAAACAUGACAAUCAUAUUUUAUUAGAACCAAAAUUACCAUCUUCAACUCUUAAAUCAUUAUCUCAAAAAUCAAAUGGUGGUGGUCUUUUACCAUUUUCUUAA